UCCGCAAACGACGCACGCGCCUUCCCCGCCGCGAAUAUAUCGAUAUUAUAAUAAAACGGUCGUGUUUUAGGCCGGCUUCACUUGAGUUUGUAAACAAAUAAUAUGACUACGUGACUGACCGCGAUGUCUUUCUGUAGAAUAACCGGCCGCAGUCGGGGCCUGCCAAAGCCCAAUUAUUUCCCCCUUCUUGCGCCUAUUUCGCCGGCAGACGCGAAGAGAUGCUGCAGGAUUACAGGAAAAUCCUACGGAUUACCAACCCAUCAUUACAUUCCAGUGUUACUUGCCGCCCGAUCGGGCAAAGCCAAAUGUAAAAUAACCAACGUAUCCGGCGAACUUGGACCACAUCAUUAUUCGCCUGAAAUUAACUAUGGAAACAGAAAACAUGAGAUGCUUGCAGAUUAUAGAUAUAUAUUUCCGGUUUUAGACGGCUCUACUGAGGCUCAAAGAGGAUUGAUGGAGAUGCUUUUGACGAAACAGGUGACGGACGACAAACGGUAUGUGUACACGGUUCAAGAGAAAAAAUGCAGCUUGGUUUUCUCCGCUCGAAUGGAGGCGGCAGUGAGAGACGGAGAUGUCAGAGAUGUUAUGCUAGCUAAAGACACGGACACUUUGCUUAUCAAAACAAAACAAGGCCGCAGUGUUUCCAUGGACUUUAAAGAUUUCACUGAUGAAGUGGAAAUAUUUGAAGGAGAAGGACCAAAUGCUGAAGUUUUGAAACAGAGAGAGUUAGAGGAACUCGAGGAUCGCAAGAAAAAAAGGAAACGUGCAGCUGGUCUUUCGUCUAUGAAAAAAAUUUUUGAAAACAAAGAAAAACUAGCAGAAGUACAAGAAAUUAAAGAGGAGAAAAUGCGGCAAGAGCGAGUAGCAAAAAAAGCUAAGUUAGAGGAAACUAGGCACGAAAAACAUGAUAUUAAAAGUUUUACCUGUAAUAAUUUCGAUCUUCAUCAUAUGCGAUCGAAAUCGAGUAUUCUUAUGUGCAGUGGUGACUGGAGAGAUCAGAUGCAUCCACUUCUUGAAACAUGGGACUGGGAUUUGUUUGAGAAAGAAGUAAACAAUGAGUUCUUGGUACCUAAAGUGACUACACUGCCGGCCCCUCUUAAUAUAGCACCCUAUCAUUGUGAUACUGAAGUACAUGAAGUGGACCGCAAUAUAAGUGAAGUUUCGAUUCCUCUCGAAAACGUGCCUUGUGUAAAUCCUUUAAAGCCAGUUAAAUCACGACCAUCGGAAGCAGUGUUAAGUGCAGUUGCAGAAAUGUCAGAAGAACGAUUAAUAGACACAUCAAACAUUACAGAAAAGUUACUUAACUGUGAUAAAGUUGAUAUGCUCCCUACACUAAACGAUUUAACGGAAGUUGUCAAAAACAUUAAGAAAGGGAAAAGAGAAAAAAUUGCUAAAAUAUCAGGCUUGACUUUAGAUAUAAAUAAAGCAAAGAAGUUCAUUCCCGGUCAACAUAUCAAUACACCUCAAGGCUCAGUGUUUGUACCGGGCCAAACAGUAGAAACACCUGCUGGGCCUAUAUUUGUACCUGGUCUUUGUGUUAAUACGCCGUUAGGACCAGGGCUAGUACCCGGACAUAUUGUAAAUAAUGAAAAUACUAACGAGCCAUUUUUCCUCGCUGGACAAGUUUUGCAAACAGAAAACGGAGAUGAAUUUGUCUGUGGACAAACUAUCAAAAAUAAAGAUGAAACAUAUCGAUUUACUGAAGGACAGACAGUUUUAUCUGAGGAAGGAAUAAAAUUUGUUCCUGGAAAGGUGAUUACUAAUGGAUCUGAAGAAGUGUUUGUUCCAGGUCAAACAAUAAUGACCCCAGAUGGAUUAAAAUUUGUACCUGGGCAGACAUUGAUGGAAAAUGGCAGUAUUAUUUUCACACCCGGACAAAAUACGAAAAUAAACAAUGAAUGGCAGUUCGUGCCAGGUCAAGUGGUACAUCAAGAUAAUGAAUUGCAAUUUGUUCCCGGGGCUACACUAGCUACACCAAAUGGGCUUAAAUUUGUUCCUGGUCAAACAGUUACAACUAAUGGGGAAACGGUAUUUGUUCCUGGUAUUAGUAGAAUGGGUGGCAGUGGUCUAGAAUUUGUUCCUGGAACGACUGUGGAAACAAUUGAUGGACCGAAAUUUAUCGAAGGUCAGGUAGUUAAUAGCGACUGCGGUGAAAAGUUUGUUCCUGGCAAGACUAUUGUGCAAGCUAAUGGUCAUGUUGAAUUCUCAGUAGCCAAGAAAAUAGAAGAUAUAACUUUUACGGAAAGUACGCCUGUGGGGUUGCCCAUUGAUAUAAAGACGUGUUCUUUAUCGGAAGAAUCUUUGUAUGUUUUCGGUCAUAUGGUGCAAUCUAGUAAAGGUAUAGAAUUUUAUCCAGGCCCUAAAGCACCAGAAUUAGGUGGUAAAGUGGUUCCGGGACGACUCGUUAAGAAUGAAGCAAAUCAAUCGCGUUUCGUCCCAGGAAUGAUGGUGGAAGGAAUCUUUGUUCCGGGACAAAUUGUUUUCACAGAAAAUGGUGAACAGUUUGUACCAGGUCAAGUAGUGGAUACCACUGAUGGACCGAAAUUCGUGCCUGGACAAGUAGUUAAUACAAAAACUGGACCCAAAUUCGUGCCAGGACAAACAAUACAUACAAUAGAUGGUCCUCGGUUUGUACCAGGACAAAUUAUUGAAACAAAGGCGGGCCCAACCUUCAUACCUGGUCAAGUUAUAUCGACCGAAGAUGAAGGUUCCAGAUUCGUUCCAGGACAAGUAGUUGACACUGAUGAAGGACCAAGAUUUGUUCCUGGUAGAGUUAUCGAAACCGAAGACCAAGGAGUCACUUUUGUGCCAGGCCAAAUAGUUCAGACGCCUGAAGGUCUGAAAUUUGUAGCUCCUGAUCUCAUAGAAGGGGAAGAAGGUCUUGAAUUUUCUGUUCAAAGUUUUGUUGUCACUCCAGAAGAACUAAAACUGUUAAAGGUAAAAACAAAUCCAAAUGAUACAUCGUCUACUAAAGGAGAACUAACAAUUGACAGAAAAAUGCUAAGACAAUUAUCGGAAGCAGGAAUGUCAAUUGGAAGGCAAGUUCCGACUGACUUACCCGCCAUUAACGUUAUAUUGAAUCAUACGAAAAACGCGGAAGCCUUGAAAGCUUUCGUUACAGAUUUUGGUUUAAAAGAUGAGGUGGCAAAUCAGCUUAUGGAAGUAAUUACAUCAAUUAUAGAAAUGAGUUCUCAUUUAAAAUCUGAAAUUCAUGUAAAUAAUAAAAACAAUGGAUUGAUUGGGGAAAAUAAAAGAGGCAGAGCUUAUAAGAAAAAGUUAGAAGAACAAAAUCGUGAUGAUUUUAAUGGAGACAAAAAGCAGCAACAGCACCAGGAAAAAGUGAAAAACUCAAUAGCAGCUGCUGUAUUAGCUGCAUUAGUCACAGCUGAGCAAUUUGAAGAAAUUAAUAAUAACAAUGGAAAAGAAAAAUAUCAGCAUAUAUUAAAAUCGAUUGAUACAAUAUUAGGGAAAACCAUCGACGAAGACUUUGUAUCGGCUAUGUAUAAAAUUCUUCAAACAGAGGAAAAUAAAGAAGUUCUUUGUGAAGAAAUACUUGAAAAUUCCACAAAUUCAAAAUUAGAAUUAAUCAAAAUUGCUAUUAACAGUGCUUUAGACAAACGUUCCUAUACUCAAGAACAGAUAAUUGACAAGUUUAGUGACUUUCUUAGCAGUGAGAAUCAAGUACUUGGGCCAGCUUUCAAAAAUAUUUCUAAAAAUGACACAAAUUUACUACACCAUGUUUUGGGUCGCAUAUCAGACUCCAUUUCAUUUAUUCAAACAGAUCAUGAGGCGGUCGAAACUUUACAAAAAGCUAUCGUAUCUGCUAUACAGGAAACUAGUAGCAAUACAUUAGAAACAAUUUUUGAAGAUUCUAAUAAUGAAAUGUUAAAGGAAGUAAUUAUUCAAUCAGUAGGUCUUGCAAAAGUACUUGGAUUGAGUGAUGUGGCCAAAAGUCUACUCUGCUUUUUAAAUGAUGAGCACUGCUUGUCAAAAAUACAAAAUGAUGAAAUGUGUAUGAAUAUACUUAAAAGACUAACUGUCAUGAGAAAACUUGCAGAGAAGACCCCAAGUUUACAUUUAGCACUGCGUAAACUGGAAUCAGAUCCAGAGCUAGCUCGCACAGAUCCUAAAGUUAGGGAUUUGGUACGAGAAAGUGCUGCACUUAUGAUCGUCCCCGAAGAGGCUCCUUUAAUGACAUCUGAUGAUAUUCCUUUAAGUCUUCUUCAACCCGAAAAUUGUCUAGCGAUGGAAGAUUUUCUAUUUCAGCGUAAAAAGCUUCCAGGUGCUCUGUUGAUAAUGAAAAAAGGAUUACAAGCAGUAGUUCCUAGAGAAGCAAGUCGUGCUGUUCUGACCGGUCAGGUGGCUUAUACAGUAUUAGAUGAAAAUGGUAUAAGACAUUUUGAACCUUUACACGUCUUCUCGGCCCUUAAUCUCAGUCAACCUACAGCGCAUCGCUUCAGCAUGUAUAGCUGUCCCAUUCUAGAUGACAAUGACGAAGACCUCCAAACAUUUACUGGAUAUUGUAAUGUUAGCCACAGUCAAAGAAUCUCAAAAUAUACAAAUGGCAGAAGAUAUAAUGGAGUGCUGUUAGACAGGGAUACCACAAGGUCGAGAAUUAACAGCCUUGAUUACACACCUAGUUAUAAAAGAUAUCAUUCCCCAUCCUUGUCGAGUACCAGAUCUAGAUCUACGUGUAGCAGAAGUCCCUCCAAGGUGGACGACAUCGUGGUAGCGACAUCAGAUUACACAGCAUCAGCUGAUGAUGAAGUCUCUCUUAAAGCUGGAGACAUAGUCGAGGUUCUCGACACGAAAGCCUCUGUCGGAUCCAAGAACUCACAAAUCGACACGGACCUGGAUGUGAAGGCCGAGCUGCUAGACACAACUGCCGCUAAGCACAAGCUGGCGGUGAGGCCGAAGAAGAAACAUCCCAGCAAGCAGGUGAAGCGGUGCAUCACCAGCAACGAGAGAUGGCUGGUACGAGUGGUGGAAGACAUGCGGGAGGGAGAGCUGUGCACGCGGCAGGGCUACGUGCCAGCACACGUGCUGAGGGAGAAGGUGCCGGAACGGGACCAAACGGCGCUGGCAGCCAGGAGACAGGCAGUUGUCCGGGAGCUGAUUGAGACUGAGGAGGAGUUCGGGCGAGACAUCCAGCAGGUGGUGCAGCAGUACAUGCGACCCAUGGACAAGGCCACCACCCCGAAACCCGUGUUCGACAACCGGGAACUGCUGUUCUCCAACUUCAAACAGAUCUGCGAGUUUCAUAACACUGGGCUUCUAGAGGGCAUCAAGUACUACGCUGAGGAGCCGCGUAUGCUUGGGAGGGCACUGCUUCGUAUGGAGAGAGAGUUUGACAAACACGUCGCCUACUGCCGAGACGAGCCUCGCGCCCAGAACUUACUCAAGAACGACCCUGUCGUGUCCAAAUACUUCAAGGCUUUGGCUGAAAAACUUGGUGACGACAAAGGCCUUCCCGAGCACCUAAAGUUACCCAUCCAGAGGAUAAACGAUUAUCAACUUCUCUUAAAGGAGUUGGUGAAAUACUCAAAGCGACUCGGUGACGACUGCACCGACCUACAAAAGGCCCUUGAACUAUUCCUCGGCGUCCCCAACCGUGCUACCAACAACCUCUUCAUCGAUAGCAUCGAAGGUUACCGCGGUAACAUCUACAAGCUUGGCCGGUUACUUACCCACGACUGGUUUACUGUUGACUUCGGUGACCAGGCUGAGAAUAAAUACCUUUUUCUUUUCAAAGCGAGAAUCUUGAUCUGCAAAGUUGAAAGCAUUGGAGACGGUCGAUCGGUUUUCGUUCUUAAACACAUUGUCAAGCUCCCGGAGACAGAGGUCAAGGAUAUUCCGGAAACAACCAAAUUCGAGCUUCAUAGAAAAGAUCCUCCUUUGAUCAUCACUCUUAAAGCGACUAAGGACACCAUUAAGACUGCUUGGCUAAGAGAAAUUAGACAGUUUGCAAGUGAUCUAGUUGCCCUAGCUGAACACGCAGCCGACGAUCUUCAAGUUGUGUCACCACCACGCGCAGAAUCUCCGGAACCAUCAGACGAGAAAAGGAAAAGAGAACCAUCAGAGGAAAACCAGACUGAAGAGAGACAAGAAAAGAAAUCUCGAGUCGAAGAAGUUAUUGAAAAAGUUUCUGAGGUUGUAGCAGAAGAAGAAUCUUCACACGUAUCUAAAACUAAACGAAAGAUAUCUGUUGAAGCUGAAGUUGCUACCAAAAUAUCUAAAACUGAAGUAACAGAGGUAUCUUGUGUUAGCGAGGUGCAAGAAUCUCACAGCUCUGUCAGCGCUGAGAGUGGAGUGACUACUGAUUUGGAAUCCAAAUCAAUUGUAACACAGGUCAGUGAAGUCGAGUCAGUUACUUCCCAAUCACAAGUAAGUCAACAAACCGUCGUUAAAGCUUCUGAAACUGCAAUAUCACAGGUUGAAGUUCAACAAGAAGUAACAUCAAAGUCAGUCCAAAAUACAUCUGUUGAACAAUCCAAUACAACUGAAACAGUUAAAAAGGAGAACGUAUCAAAAACAGGAGUUAAAUCAGAAGAGCAAAAUAGCGAAUCUUUGACAACUUCGUCUCAACAAUCAGCAAAUUUAGUUUUUCAAGCAUCAUCAAUCGAACAGACUCAACAGGACCAAGAAUCAAAGCUUGAAGAAACAACACAAUUUCAGGAAUCGGUUUCUUAUAGUCGGCAAACAUCUAAAACAUCUGUUGAACAAUCAGAAAGUGUUGAAAAGUCUGUAGUUCAGGCCGAGGUUUUAUUAGAAAAGGAAUCUGAACUUAUUCAACAACAAACCAGUACAGAGAAGAAAGAAGUUAAAACCGAAACUAAUACUCUAAAGACUAAUGUAGACAGUUUGGAUCAAAGAACUACAAUCCUAGAUAGUUCCUCUAUCGAUCGUGAAGAUACAGAAAAAAAGUCGAAAAGUGAAAGCACAGUUACAUCUCCAGUAAAUACCAAACCUGUAGAAUCUCAAAAGACUACUGAAGAAGAUAAAGAGAACGUUAAUCCCGCUCCUGCAACCACUGAAAUCAAAUUAAACGGAACUGUUAGUGAAGAAUCGCUAGCUAAAAAUACUGUAACAGCUGUUAAAUUUAGUAAAUCAGAAUCUGUAGAUAAAACAAGUGACGUUACCUCUUCAACUCGUAAAAGCGUAAAAUCAAAUAAAGUUGAAAAAAAAGAAAAAGCUAUCGUCACUACCGAAGAACACUUAGAAAAUUCAACAGUGUUACAAGAAGUAAAACGUAACGGCAAGAACGAAGAUCGUCCUUCAGACGAAGCUUUGCAAACUGUUGUAAAAACUGACAAAACUGUAAACAGUAACAAGUUAGAAGAGAGGGUUUUAGAAGAAAGUCAAGCUGUAACCACAGAAGAUAACGCAGACGGAGAGAUGUCGAGAUAUAGCCGCAGUUCGCGGCUUUCUGGAGAGUAUUCAAGUAGCAGUCGUAAGUUAUCAUCAGGUGGUCGUUAUGAGUCGUCUUCUACAUACGACAGCAGCGGUAUUUCUUCUGUUGCUCGCCGAGAAAGUGGUUCUCGCAUGGAAAGCUCCCGCUUCGAAUCUGGAGGUGCCUUAGAAGGUUCAGCAGCAUCUAAAUAUGAGUCUAAAUACUCAGCAUCGAGCAAGAUUGAAGGAGGUUCAAGAUACGGGAUUGAAUCGAGCUACGAAAGCAAAGAAGGCUCCAAAUACGCUAUUGAAGCAUCUUUAGACGGUGAUAGCAAAUUGGAUAGUAUCGCGUCUAAAUAUGGCUUGGGUACCAACUCUGAAACUCAAAUUUCAGGACGAUCUUCUAAGUACAGCGUUGAAACCACUUAUGAUGGUAAUUCGAACACAAGUUCAAAACGUGGUAGCAUCGCUUCUAAAUAUGGAAUAGGUUCAGAUUCUGAAGUUCAAAUAGAAGGUCGAUCAUCUAAAUACAGCACUGAAGCUAGUUAUGAUGGCAAAGCUUUAGAAACGACUAGUAAACUUGACACUAUUGCUUCCAAAUAUGGUCUCGGAUCAAACGAAACACAAAUUGAAGGACGUUCUGCUAAAUAUAGCGUUGAUACCAGCUAUGAUGGCAAUACCGUUGAUACUACCAGCAAAAUUGAUAGCAUUGCAUCUAAAUACGGCCGUAACUCUAUUACUGAUAGCUCGAAAACUGUCAGUCGCUCCACCCAAUUAGAUAUUGAUGCAAGUUUCGAUGGUAAUAUUAAUGGAGAAUCCAAAGUGGAGUCAAAGUAUAGUUCAAAGAACCAUGAUGCAUCUGAAAGCAAAUAUACAAAAAAAUCCUUACUUUCUAACGGAUCCGUUACUGGGGAGUAUGAAUCUACGAAAACCAUUUCUAAAUCGGAGUCGGACGGUAAACCAAUUUUCUCAAAAACUCUGGAAGGCCAGGAUAUUGAACCGGGCGAGAACGCAGUCUUCGAGGUGGCCGUCGAGAAUGGUCCUGAAGAUGUUCAAGUGACGUGGUUAAAGGAUAACAAACCUAUAAACGAUCGUCUAAUGGACCGUGUGAACAUGAUAGUUAAGAAUGGAACAUAUCGCCUUCAAGUAAUGCAUUGUAGAGAAGACGACUCUGGUACAUAUACGGCAAUCGCUGAAAAUGAAAAAGGCAACGCACACUGCACCGCACAGUUAGCCGUCCACGAGUUGACACCAGAGGAGAGGAAACGAAGGAACGCCCUCAAUGCGCCAUACUUCUUGGUCGCUCUGAAGGACACUGAGAUCCUUUUGAACACGUAUCUACGCUUCAUGGUCAAGGUCAAAGGAAAUCCUAAUCCUGAAGUCAAAUUCUACCGCGACGGCAAGGAGAUCACAGCAAAUGACGGUGAACGCCUGUCCAUAGUGCGUACGCGGGCUGAAAAGGGCUGCUACGAACUGGUCAUCGCGGAUGUCUGCGCUGAAGACGCUGGCCUCUACUCCUGCAACGCUAUGAACAUCUACGGCGACGUGGUCACUGAAGCCAAGGUUACUGUUGUUGAUGAUAAGAACAUAUUCGGCGAACUGCCGCCGGGCGGUGAAGGUUUGCUGGCGAAGGGCGAGAAGGCAGCCUUCGCGUGGAAGAAGGAUGGCGAGGACUUCGACCCUGAGGAACGGUUUAAGGUGCUACUGGGCGACGAUGAGGACUCGCUGGCAUUGGUGUUCCAACACGUUAAGCCAGAGGAUGCCGGCCUGUACACCUGCGUCGCCAAGACCAGCACCGGAAACAUAUCCUGCUCCGCUGAGCUUACCGUCCAGGGAGCUGUGAACUUCUUGCACCGCGAGCCCCAGAAGCCGGAGCUGGUGAUCGAGCACCGGGAAGCCAUCGUGUCGAGCGGCGGGUCGGCCAUGUUGGAGUUGGUGUGCAAGGGCUACCCCAAGCCCAACGUCGUGUUCAAGCACGAGGGCAAGGUGGUGGAAGCCGAUUCUAGACACAAGUUCCUCCACGAAGACGACGAGAACAUGUCGUUGGUAAUAAAGAAUGUGACCUCGGCGGAUGCGGGCGAGUACCACAUCAUCGCCUCCAACGACCUGGGUGAAGACACCACCACCGUCAACUUGGUGGUCAAACAAGCGCCCAAGAUCAAAAGGAAAAUCGAGAACCAGACUUGUAUGGCUGAAUCAACCCAUGAAGUCACAAUAGAGAUCGAAGGCACCCCAUCUCCCGACGUAACUUUCUACAAGGACGGCGUCCAGAUCAAGUCAUCCGAGCGUAUCACCAUCGUCAAGGAGAGCGAGGAAGUGUACAAGAUCAUCAUCAAGGAUGCCAAGUUGACCGAUACCGGCUCUUAUUCGGUUGUUGCCAAAAACGAGAUAAACCAGUGUUCGGACUUCUGGCAAUGGCAAGUGACGUCACCACCAAAGAUCACCAAGAAACUUGGUGGAGACAAGGUGUGCAACGAAAAGGAGACCGUCACAUUCGAAGUUCAAACUGAGGCUGAUCCCGCGCCAACUGUCACAUGGUACAAGAAUAAGACGGAGCUGAAGGAGUCAACGGCGGUGAAGAUCACGUCAUCAGGGUCGGCGCAUUCUCUGGUCAUUACGUCGGCCGCACGCGCAGACUCCGGCGAAUAUUCAUGCGAGAUCCGCAACGUGCACGGUUCAUCAAGCGACUCUUGCUUGCUGAACGUGAGAUGCGCGCCGCAAUUCACCAAGCGCUUGCAAGACACGACAGCGGCUGAUGGUGACGUCAACGUCGAGUUCACUGUCGACGUCGACGCCUUCCCGACACCUGAUGUUAAAUGGUACCUCGGCGAUGUGGAGAUAAGCGAGAAGAAGUCCGUGUACACCCGCGUGGAUAACGGCAGCAGUCACAAACUGGUCCUGAAGGAGGUGACGUCAGAGCUGUCCGGGCAGUACACAUGCAAGGUGUCCAACGAGAUGGGACAGGACACGUGCCAGGCAACCUUCACUGUUAAUAGAAAACCCCGCAUCACGAAGAGUUUGAUUGACAUGUCCGUGGACGUCGGACAGACACUGAAGUUAGAGGUGGAAGUGGAGGGUUGUCCGGAACCCAAGAUCAAGUGGUACAAGGAUGGCAAGGAAGUCACCACCGACGCCAGGAUCAAGAUCGAAAGGGAUACCAAGAGGCUAGAAAACUACCACUUGACGGUAACGUUGAUAAAGGAAGAAGACGGUGGCGAAUAUGAGGUCCGCGCUGAAAACGAGAUGGGCAGUGUCUCUUCCAGAAGCAUCGUCACCGUGCAUACAAAAGAAGUUCAUUCGAGGUUCCGAAAAGAAAGUUUAGUUGAAAGUGAACUUGAAGAAGAAAGCAAAUCUAUAAAACAACUGGAUGAUACAUUGGAUAACAAAACAAAGAAAUCUGCAAAGAAGUUGGAAUGUGAAGAAAUCGAAGAAAAGUCCCUGAUGGAUGAAACAGAUACGAAACCCAAAUCUGUAUCAUUGAGCGAUGUCGAUAAAGCCACUCCGGCCCAAUCUAAAAAGGCUGUCUCUGAACCGGAAGUUGCUGAAGAAAAGUCGUUCUGGGAUGAAAUAGAGCAACCAACAAAAAUACAAGUAGAUGAAAACACAGAUGGUAAGACUAAGAAAGAAAAGGCAAAAUCUGAGCAAAUCAGGCAACAAUCUAUCGUGGAAGAAACAGUUACAAGAUCGGUUUCAUUUGAGGAGGAAGAUAAACCGGCCCCAUUAAAGUCUCAGAAAUCAUUCACUGAACCUGAACUGGUAGAAGAAAAGUCAUUCUGGGAUGAUAUAGCUGAAGAUGAAAAGUCAAAAUCGGCUACAGUCAAUGAGACCGAUAAACCAGCUUUAAUAAAAUCUCAAAAAUCUUUCACUGAGCCCGAAGUAGUAGAAGAGAAGUCAUUUUGGGAUGAUAAAGGUGAAGACGAAAAGCCAAAAUCAUCGAAAGUAGAAAAAGUGGAGAAACCAGCACAAUUGAAAUCUCAAAAAUCCAUCACCAAACCUGAAGUAAUAGAGGAAAAGUCAUCAUGGAAUGAAACUGAUGAAUUAGAUUCAAAAUCUAAGGAAGCGUUAGUAGAAGUGGUCGAUAAAUCAAUCAAAUCUGAGAAAUCUUUUUCUGAACCAGAAAACGUGGAACAAAAGUCUUUCUGGGACGACACGAAUGAAACUAGUAAGCCAAAAUUAGCAAAAGCAGAUAAUGUUGAAUCAUCUCCCAGAAAAGCUAGGAAGUCGAUUACAGAGCCCGAAGUAAGUGAAACUAAGUCAAUAUGGGACGAAAAUCGUAAUGAGCAGAACAAAAAGCCUAUAGUGGAAGAAUUAAACACAGAAAAACUAGAAGGUACAAAAGAAGUAACUGAGCCCGAAGUAAUAAAAAAAGUUCCAUUAGAUGAGACACUUAAAUCAUCAAAACGAAAGUCUGUUAAAAAACAGUCGGUUAGCGAAGAACCGAUGAGUGCGGAAACUGAAGGCCGAGUUUUCGAAACAGUAACAACGUUCAAGUCUGGCGAUGAUGGUUCAAUAAUUGUGUCCAAAGUAAGCAGCAGUCUCUCGCACGGUGCUAUUAUUACAGGUCCAGCCGAAACGCGCACUAUACACAAAAUGACCUCAAGUGCAGUGUACUAUGAUGAGACUGACGAAUACGAUAAAAAAAUUGUAAAACCAAAUAAACCUCACACAACUUCACUUGAAGUUGAAGAAAUAGCUAGUCAUAGUUACUAUCUGUCAGAACUGGGUAGUUAUAUAAUACCGGAUCAUAUCAGAAGGGGAACUUAUGGCAUAAUAGAGGAACCUCAAACUGAUUCUGACGCUGAAAAUAACUCAAGACACGGAAGACAGGUCGGCAGUAGAACAAUUUCAAUCAAAUCUGUUUCGGAGGAUGAGAUGAGUUGGCAAAACGAUUCACUUUCACGUGAAAUUUCAAUCGAGGACCUUACAAAAUCUCUUUUCGAUAUUGAUGAUACAAAAAAGAUUUAUAGUAAAGAUUCUUAUGUACGGCAGUCCUCUUUCAUAGAAGAUUAUUUCACGGAUGAAGGUGAUGAAGAAUCAGUUAUUUUAAAAGAAAAAAGUCAAAAGGUUUUCGAGAAUGAUAUCACAGAAAAACUCAUACAUAUAUCGAAGGAAUUUGACGAAAACGAAUUUAAAGACGCCACGAUUAAAAAAGAUAAUAUAAAGAAUCGCAUAAUAGAAGAACUAGUUUUAAGUCCAACUAAAAAUUACGAUAGUAUAACUAAAGAUAUAGCAGAAACUACAUUAGAGCGUAAGAAAAAACCAUGCACUGGUUUGUUUAGUGUUGACGAGGAAGUGGACGGUGAUAUUGAAGAACUAUUAAGACGAAGCAAGAGGCAAAGAAGCAUUUUAGAUGAUAUUCUUAAUGAAGAAGAGGAAAAAGCACCCCCCAAACUAAAAGAAAGCAGCUUGAAGGACGGUCACACCUUCGAAUCCCUCCCCUUAGUAUACACAGUCGAAGCUUCUGGAACCCCGAAACCCACAGUCCGUUGGUUGCACGAGGGUCAGGAGGUGAAGCCUGAUGGAAGAAUCCACAUCACCAAUGAAGGAGAUCUUUACAAGCUGGAAAUAGAUGCUGUUGAUAUGAAAGACGCUGGAAAAUGGCAAUGCGAAGUCAUCAAUGAUCUUGGAACACAGUCUUUACAGGCUGAACUUGCUGUUUCUCCCGAAUCUGAGCUCCGAAAGCCUAAGUUUACGGUUCCUCUGGAAGCAACAAGUGUUAUGCAACGCGAGCCUGUCACCUUGAAAGCGGUAUGCACGGCAGAUCCUUUACCUCACGUGGCUUGGCUGCUUAACGGAAAGGAACUUACUCCAGACGCCACUAUCAUCACCAACGCUGACACCAAAGAACUCGAGCAUGGCCUGAAGGAUUGCAUUUUCACUUUACAUAUCCCUACUGGUCGUCACGUAGACACCGGCGAGUAUACGAUCCAAGCGAAGAACAAGUACGGCGUUGGGGAGAGUUCCGCUCGUCUGGACAUCUUGCUAAGACCUGAAGUCGAGCCAAUAAAAGACGUAACCACGGUUCCCUUUGAAGAAACAACAUUUGUUACGAAUAUCAGGGCCAACCCAGUCGCUGAGGUCAAAUGGAGCAAAGACGGCUACGUUAUUCAGCCAUCACCAAAACACGAGAUCAUCGAGGACCGGGAGACGGAGACCUUCAAACUGGUAGUGAAGACAGUGGGCAUCGAAGAUGCCGGCCUCUAUACUGUCAGCGCUACGAAUGUGCACGGGGAAACUACGCAGCAAGCCAGACUAAAUGUGCAUACCGACAAGCCUUCAUUCAUAAGGCCGCUGCAGAAGCAGAUAGUCAAAGACUACGAAGAUUGUACACUGCGCGUGCGAUGCGACGGCGUGCCUAAACCUAACGUCAAAUGGUUCCUCAACGGCAAAGAGAUCACCAACGAUGACCGCCACUCUAUCGCCACUGAGAUCGGCGGGCAAGUGGAUAGCGAACUUGAGAUCAAGCACUUCAAUGCAAGUGAUACAGGAAAGUACAAGGUAGUGGCCUUCAGCGUGUCCGGCGAAGCGGAGAGCCAGGCUGAUAUAUCUCUGGCGCAAAUCCCGCCCGGCUUCGCGCACAAACUCGACCGCCAGAAGGACGUUGAUGAGGGAGAGCCCCUGGAGCUGCGGACCAAGGUUGAUGGCAGCCCGAUACCUACCGCUAAAUGGUUCAAGGAUGGUGUAGAGCUAUCGCCCAAUGAUGAGCACGUCAAACAAACUUGCCUACCCGAUGGCACUGUCAAGUUAAGCAUCGACCACGUGACCCCUAAUGAUUGCGGCGCGUACAAGCUACUCAUCACCAACCCCAGCGGUGAACAUAUGGCACUCUGCGCUGUAGCUGUUAACCCGACUCCUCGGAAGCCGUCGUUCAGCGAGGAGCUGGAGAACGUUAAGGUGGUUGUCGGUCAGCCCGUCAAACUACAGGCCAGGGUCAUGGCAUUCCCGGCGCCUGAGGUCAAAUGGUUCAAGGAUGGUGUGCCCAUCCGUCCCAGUCAAGCGGUAAACUUCAUCAACCAGCCCGGUGGUAUCGUGGGCCUGAGUAUAGACAGCUGUCGACCUGAAGAUGCUGGCUCAUACUCUCUUACCGUCACAAACAAACUUGGGGACGUCGCCUCUAAAGCUACUGUUGAGGUUGGACAAAAGGAGCGCAAACCAGCGUUCAUCGCAGAGCUACACCCCACCAAAGUCAUAGAAGGGUUCCCUGUCAAGCUUGAAGUCAAAGUUAUUGGACAUCCGCAACCGACUAUCAAAUGGACACACAACGGAAAAGAGAUCGUACCAGACGGCAAACGGAUUCGCGUGGUGUCCCAGCCAGAUGGCACUCACUCUUUGCUAAUCAAUGAAGCAACACCCGCUGACGCAGGCACUUAUGCAGUCAUCGCUGUCAAUGAUAAGGGCGAAACAACUACCAAAGCCGACCUGACUGUGGCCAGCCGAGAAGAUUCUUCAUCACCUCAAGAGCGUCCUCAAUUCAUCCACGGACUACGCGAAGUGUCGGGCGAAGAAGGACAACCACUUACCGUGACCGCGCCAUUCACUGCCAAUCCUGUGCCUCAAGUGACGUGGACCAAGGACGGACAGCCCCUUUCUCCCAACGAAAGAAUCCUGCUUACUUGCGAUGGCAAGAGGGUGGGACUCGAAAUCAACCCGUUGGAAUUACCAGACGCUGGGGUAUACGCCGUAAAGUUGGUCAACCCUCUCGGUGAAGAUUCAACGGAAGGCAAACUCAACGUACGCAAAGUAUUCCAGCCACCGCGAUUCACACAGAAAUUCACUGACUUGCAGCAGUUACCAACAUUCGACGCGAAAUUCCCUGCCCGCGUCACUGGUAUACCUUCACCUGAAAUCACGUGGUACAAGGACAACGUGCCUCUCAAACCUUCAGACAAAUACUCGAUCAAGAGAGAUGGGGACGCGUGUUGCCUGUAUGUUAGAGAUCUCGUGCAAGAAGAUGCCGGGCAGUAUAAGUGUGUCGCGAAGAAUAAGGAAGGAGAAGACAGCUGUGAGGCUGCGUUGGAAGUGGUUGAUAAAAUCGGCCGCAAGCAAAAGGUGGAACCACCCACUUUCCUCAAGAAGAUAGGUGACGCUGAAGUGUUCCGAGGUCUAAGCGCCAAGUUCACCGCCUGCGCUACCGGCACUCCCGAACCAGAUGUUGAAUGGUUCCGCAACGAUGAGAAGAUAUUCCCAAGCGAUCGCAUCCGUAUCGAACAGGAGACAACGGGACUAUUGCGGCUUACGAUUGGUGGAGUAACACCUGAAGACGUAGGAACUUACCGCUGCAGGAUUUACAAUCCUCAUGGAGAGGAAUCCUGCACCGCACAACUUGUAUAUGACACCCUGGAGCCUCAGAAAGACAAAAAGCCAAUCUCGGAGCAGUAUUCAGACUUCGACAAGAUGAAACGUACCGGCGUGCCCAUGCCUCUGUCAGACAAGCCAAUCAUCUCCCGCAUGGCCGAUCGACACCUCACAUUGUCCUGGAGACCUUCUAUACCCCACCAGCCGAGGUUCCCGGUCACCUAUCAGGUGGAAAUGUGCGAAGUACCAGACGGCGAUUGGUUCACGGCGCGAACUGGUCUGAGAUCCUGUGUCUGCGACAUCCGCAACUUGGAGCCUUUCCGCGACUACAAGUUCAGAGUUCGCGUUGAGAACAAAUAUGGCGUCAGCGACCCUUCGCCGUUCGCAAUAACUCAUCGUGCAAAAUUAGAACCUGAUCCGCCAAAAUUCAUCCCCUACUUGGAACCGGGAAUUGAUUUUAGACCCGAAACAUCCCCAUACUUCCCGAAGGACUUUGACAUCGAACGCCCACCGCACGACGGCUACUCCCAGGCUCCCAAGUUCCUCCGCCAGGAGUACGACUCCCAGUACGGCAUCAAGGGCCACAAUGUCAACCUCUUCUGGUUCGUCUACGGUUAUCCCAAGCCCAAGAUGACGUACUACUUCAACGAUGAACCCAUUGAUAUAGGCGGCAGAUACGAUUGGAGCUAUACUAGGAAUGGGCAGGCUGCGUUGUUUAUUAACAAAAUGCUUGAACGCGAUGUAGGCUGGUACGAAGCAGUCGCUACAAAUGAACACGGUCAAGCUCGCCAACGUGUCAGAUUAGAACUGGCCGAAUAUCCAACCUUUAUCAGACGUCCUGAGGAAACUGUUGUACUGCAACGCCGUACUGCGAGGAUUGAGGCUCGCGUCACUGGUGUACCUUAUCCCGACAUCAAGUGGUACAAAGACUGGCAACCGAUAGCUCCUAGCUCCAGGAUUAAGAUGCAGUUUAUAGAACCUGACACAGUGAUACUGGUAAUAACUGACGCGAUCCUGAAAGACGAGGGUCUCUACUCAGUGUCGGCACGCAAUGUGGCCGGCUCCGUCAGUUCUUCUGCUAUGUUACACGUGGAGGAGAGUGAACACGAAUAUUCUGCCAGGAUCCGCGAGUACCCACCACGCAUCAAGCCCAGUAGUAAGCCGUUUGGAGAUUAUUACGAUUUGGGAGACGAACUCGGCCGAGGAGUCCAAGGUGUCGUCUAUCACGCUGCAGAAAGACAGAGUGGUCGCAACUACGCUGCGAAGAUCAUGCACGGCCAUUCAGAGCUCAAGCCGUUCAUGAAGAACGAACUGGAUAUUAUGAAUUUGCUCAACGACAGACAUCUCAUCCGCCUGUACGACGCGUACGAGCACGACCACACCCUUGCGCUGGUCACUGAGCUAGCGGCGGGAGGAGAGCUUGUCAGAGACCGGCUUCUGAGGAGUCAGGGAUACACGGAGCGCGAGGUUGCAGGUUAUAUACGCCAGCUUCUGCGCGGUCUCAAACACAUGCAUGACAACAGCGUUGCGCAUCUUGGGCUUACUAUCGGCGAACUACUCUUGUCUCACGUGGGCAGUGAUGAAUUGAAAAUCUGCGACUUCGGCCUAUCGCGCAGAAUCCAGCUUAACAAACACGCGGCCCUCGACUACGGCAUGCCCGAAUACGUUGCCCCAGAAGUUGCCAAUGGUGAAGGAGUUGCCUUCGGAGCUGAUAUGUGGAGCGUUGGAAUCAUUACCUAUGUUCUACUGAGCGGUUAUUCGCCUUUCCGUGGAAUAAACGAUCGAGAAACCUUAACGAAGAUCCGAGAAGGAAGAUGGGAAUGGCACGACGAGGAAUGGUGGUCGAGGUUUAGUAAGGAGUCAAGGGAUUUCAUAUCAAAAUUGCUGGUGUUGAACUGGCACGAUAGAAUGGAUGUGGACACGGCGCUGUCGCACCCUUGGUUGACCUUCGCGGAUAAGAUUUAUAAAGAUGAAUACACUAUUACUACGGAUAGACUGAGGAAUUAUUAUAGUUUGUACAGGGAAUGGAUGAGUAAUGCACAGUGCCGCACUUGGUUCCGUCGCAGACCGCUCAGCGGCGCAUUCGACCACCCCUCCAAAAUGGUCUACCCACCAGGAACCAUAUAUACUCCUGAAGGUUCACCUGAACGUGAUAGGCCUUCACACGAGCGCCAGCCAAACGCAUGGGACCUGAAAUUCAAGCAGUGGGAACACCCCGACUGGGAAGUAAAUGCUACGUCAGAAAGCCACUACCAGAACGGCCCAGACACAUACCUGCUGCAGUUGCGUGACACUCAGUUCCCAGUGCGGCUUCGUGAGUACAUGAAGGUCGCCUGCAUUCGAUCACCGGGCUACAGUCUAAGCAUCCAGGAUACCUACGAUCCACGGACGCCAAUCAUUCGCGAACGUCGUCGCUUCACCGACAUCAUGGACGAAGAGAUCGACGACGAGAGACGCGAGCGUAUCUACAACUACGGUAGCGAGAGUUACACCAUUAGGCGCUUGAGACACGAACUAGGCACCAGACUUGACAGCUACGCGGAAGCACAGGCCUUCAUGGAGUCCAAGAAUGACGGCCAACUGCCCUUCUUUAGAGAGAUCCCUCAAAUACUCCCGAUACAAGAUGGAGAUCAGGCUCAACUCUCCUGCUUCGCCGUUGGGGACCCUAAACCGUCCGUCCAGUGGUUCAAAAACGACAUGGUUAUUGCUGAAGGUCAACGCAUUAAAAUAAUAGAAGAUGAAGAAGGAAGGUCCACGCUUAGAUUCGAUCCAGCAAUGCAUCACGACAUAGGCUUUUAUAAAGUAGUAGCAAGAAAUAAAGUCGGCCAAACCGUUGCUAGAACAAGAAUAGUCGAAGCGACAACACCGGAUGCGCCCGACAGUCCAACAGCGUCAGAAACUUCUGAUACAGAAAUUCUAUUAAGAUGGAAGCAACCCAAAUAUGACGGAAACUCCCCCGUCGUGUGCUAUAGCUUACAAUACAGAGAAGGCGAUAACGUAGAAUGGAAAACGGUUGCCGAAAACAUAGACCACGAAUUUUUCGUCGUCAGAAACCUUCAACCAGAUACAAGCUACCACUUUAGAUUGUCCUCUAGAAACAGAAUCGGAUGGAGUGAAAAGGGUAUCCCAACUGAAUUGAUCAAAACGAAACAAUCCGGCGCACCCAAAAUAGAAGUAACAAAAGCGAUGCAUCAUUUGCAACAAUUAACAGAAUCUGGUCAAGAAAUAGUUUUAGACGAGGACAAACCGAAGUUGGACUACUCGAUAGAGGAAAAUCCGAUUGAAUGGGACACCACCCAGAACCUAACAGACCGUUACAGUUUCAUAUCUGAACUUUGGAGAGGAAAGUUCUCAACCGUCGUCAAGGGGCUCGAUAAAACGACCGACAGUAUAGUGGUAGCAAAGAUUCUAGAAAUACGUCCAGAGACUGAAGUGCAAGUGCAAAGAGAGUUCAACUGUAUAAGAAAAUUGAGACACGAGAGGAUAUCGAAUUUAAUCGCGGCGUACCAACCCCCGGGGGCUUCUGUUGCCACAUUGAUUUUGGAGAAACUACAGGGCGCUGAUGUUUUGACUUAUCUAUCAAGCUGCCACGAUUACACGGAACAAAUGGUAGCGACUAUUAUAACCCAGGUCUUAGAUGGUCUUCAGUACUUGCACUGGAGAGGAUACUGUCACCUGGACCUGCAGCCCGAUAACGUGGUGAUGUCUACAGUGCGUUCGAUUCAAGUGAAACUGAUCGACUUUGGCUCAGCACAUAGAGUCACUAAGUUAGGAACUAGCGUACCGCAGGUCGGCGACUUGGAGUACAAAUCACCGGAAAUAGUAAACGACGAAGCCGCCUACCCUCAGACAGACAUUUGGUCAGUGGGUGUGCUAACCUACAUUCUUCUCUCUGGAGUGUCCCCAUUCAAAGGGGCCAAUGAUUCAGAGACUAAGCAGAACAUCUCCUUCGUCAGAUACCGUUUCGAGCACCUUUAUAAGGAGAUCACUCAGGAAGCGACUCGUUUCCUGAUGUGGGUGUUCAAGAAGGUGCCUCUGAAGCGGCCCACGGCGGAGGAGUGCCACGAGCACCGCUGGCUCGCGCACUCCGACUUCAUCCAGAAGAAGAGGGAGCGAGCCGUUUUCUUGGGCAACAGACUAAAGGAAUUCGCCGACGAAUACCACGAGAGCAAGGCAAAGGAGGCUUCUCAGACGGACCCUAUAGCCAACUUCGGGCCCCGAGGCCUCGUGCGCUCCAACAGCAUCACAGACGAACUGCUCACCAACUUUUCCAGCCGCUGACAACAUUAGCCCGCCAUUAUCAUGGACGUGGAGUUGCAUAUAACUUUUGAUCGCAAUAAGUACCUUUUGGCUCUCUCGAUAGUCUUAAUCAGAUAGAAGAAGAAUUUUAUACUUAUAAAUUUUACUUAAUUCAGCUUAAUGCAUUUUCAUUACAAUUGUUAUUAAAGAUCGCCCAUUUAUGAUCAAUUUAAAUUUUUUUUUAUGAUCUACGCUGUUUUUUGGUAUUAUAUUAUCUGAUUUGAAGACUCUAUGGCAGAGCAUCUUCAAAAAAAAUACUAGGCAAGCAAACCUACGUCCAUGAUAAAAUCCCUGGCCAGUGACCAUCCUUGCGCAGGGCUUAGGACCAAUAAUUUACUAUGAAAUUAAGUAAAUUGAUAAAGAAUACCUACCUACCUGAAUUUAAAAAUUUGAUAAUCAUAUUUUAGGUCAUGGUAACAUUGAUUAGUUGCCAACUUUUGUACUUUUAAAUUUACCCCUUUUGGGAUAGGCAAAGAUAAUUUUAUUAAAAUUUUAUGCCAUAUUAAAAUAAUGACAUCUAUUAAUUGAUUUUUUUUUAUCAUUGAAUACAUGUAUAAAUAGAAAAAAUAUUAAAUGUCGUAUCACAUAUUAUAGGCCUAACAAGACUUUGAAUUUAGAUUUUAGAUAUCGACUAUAUUUUAUUAUCAACUAUGGACUUCAUUACAACACUAUAUUAAGCUAUAAUGUAAGACGUUUUAAUCGAUACAUCACUUUCAUUUUGUUUAUAACCAUUUAAAAAACUAAUUAUUAUGAAUGAAUACUUGAUUCUCUCGAUUUUAAUUUAAUAGCGAUUUCAAUGAAAGAAAAACCUUCGUACAUGUCCUUUACGCUGCCACACUAAAUUAUUCUAGUCAUUUAAAUUUUUUUACGAACCUUAUCUAUUGUUAAGUCUUUUAUUUAUUAAACCUUUUUACCUAUUUAUUAAUUUAAUUUAUUUAUACGAUUCAUGCUUCAGUAUUAUUGAAGUUAAAUAAAGAAAGCUAUUUGCUAAA